AUGCUACGCCUAGCAAGACCCUCAGCGUGCUCCUGCGCCUCAACAUCCCGCGCCAAACCCUGUCGGCACUCGAUCCUCACCGUCCGACAGUACUCGCAACCCCCUUCCUCCCCCUCGCGACCCGCCAGAACCGUCCGCCAGCUCGAUUACACCGCACCACUCUUUUCUACGAACCCUAAAGUCAAGUGGUUCGACCCGCGUAUUACGGGCUGGACAGGAUGGAUGCGGAACGCCCCGCCUCGACCGCCGACUCCUUCGCCUCCGCCUCCUUCAAAUCCGGUAUCAUCAUCGCCGCAAACCAAAGACCCGGCAGACGAACUCCUCGAGCGUCUGACGACAUACUUCUCGGCGCGCGGACUGGGGUCGCCUGUCAGUCAGCCGGAGCAAUUCGACGAGGUGCUUAGGCUCGCCGAGCAGAGCAAUCUGCCGCUCGUCAGAGCUAUGGUUCUGUCGGACCGAGCACGAGCUGCGCGCAAAAGGGAUGCUGAGGCAGAGGCAGAGGUUGAGCAGGAGAACGAACCCGCGAGGGUCGCUGAAGCGGACGAAGCGGAGUUCAGCCCUUCACUUGCGCACGCAGACGAUCUGCCGGUCGUGACCGAGGUCGAGGAGCCGAAAGCGACACGGCGGCGACGCACGAGUAGCGCAGGGCCAGCGGUGGACAGCGCAGCGGGUCGAGCGGCUACGACGGCUGAGGCGGACUUUGACAAGUCGGUCGAGUCUCUGCAGGAGUUUGUGGCGUCUGGCGCGGUAUCCCAGGAGGGCGCAUCUGAGGUGACAGACGACGCUGAAUCGGGCGCAAUCGCGGUCGUGCAGAAGGCGUGGGAUGCAUUCGUUGCGGGCGCCAACUUCGACGACCAUCCCGACCACCUCCGCCUCGCCACCGCUUUCGUGCAUCGCCUCGUAGCUCCGACGACUAGUGCGCCGUCGCCGUCCUCUGCCGAACUCGCCAUCGCUCUCCGCGUCGUCGACUCCUUACUCCAGGUCUUUCCCGACGACAUCGUCGCGCCCCAGCCAACGACCGUCGAGGGCGUAUCCGCAGAGACGCUGUUGCAGACGGUGUUGCUGCGAACUGUCGUGAACAUCGCCAUGUCGGAGGACUACGUCGACCUCGCCAUUCUUUCGCUUCACUCGAUCGACGCCCUUCGUGCGGCACAUCCGCCCCACACCUCCAGCCCCGAGUCCGGUGCAGACCUAGACAAUACUCGCACACUCAUUCGUAUCCUCCUCCGUCGCAUGCACGACGAGCGUCACCUCGGUUACCUCCCUACCCUCCGCGACCAAGCCUGGUCGCCCUCGUCGUCGAUCCAGCAAGCCGCCUCGCUCUUCCGCCUCCUGCACCGCUGGACGGCGGUAAACCUCUCCGACUUUGACAAGCCCGUCCUCACGCCCGCAACGGCCGACCUGCUCUCGUCCUUUGCGACUGAGGCAGGGAAGCGACGGAGGUGGGAUCUCCUGGCCGACACCUGGCAGGCGUGGUCCCCUCGCGGCUGGACGCUUCUCCGGUACCACUACCCGCUCGCGCAGUGGCUCGCCGGCGAUGCGCCCUUCAGCUCGUACGAGGCGACGAACCGCAGUUACGACGGUCCGGCUCGCUCCGUCCGCCUUCAGCUGUUCAGCCGCUUCGUCGCUGCGACGGACGAGCAGCUCAAGCUCGGCCAGGUCGGUCGAGACUGGACGAACGAGGAACGCAGCAGGUGGGUCGAGUUGUUGUGCGGGUCGCGGGGUGCGACAGCCUCGACGCGGAGCGUCGCUCGACGGGUCGUGCUCGAGUGGCAGAAGCGCUAUCCGCUCGGCACACCUUCACCCUUCCUCCUCCGCGCUAGCGCCCUCCUCUCGCUCGUCCGCACCUCCCUCCCUCCCUACGGCAAGAACCGCAACUUUGCGCGCACCGCGAUCGGCCACCACUUCACCUGCCUCGCCAACUCUCGCUCGCCUUACGCCUCGCCGACGGGACAAAUCGAGCACUUCGACUUGACGACGCUCGCGCAGGCGUGGACGCUCGUAGGCGACCAUGACUCGGUCGCGCAAGUGUACCGCCGCGUGCUGGACCAGCGCGUUCUGCCCGAUACGAAGGACGUCGAGGUCAUUUUCGAGGGCGCGCCGUUGCGAUCGCUCGACGGAGCGUUGGAGCAGGUCUUGCAGGCCGCGAGGAUGGGACUUCGACUCUCGUACGAGGUGUUCGAGGCGUUACUCAAGUCGAGUUUGGCCGAGCUUGUCGCGCGGGACCACGAGCGGCGCAAGACAGAGCCGCGCUCGAAGCACAGGCGGUGGGAGGACUCGCCGCUGGUCGAGCAAGUCGAAGACCAGGUCUCCAAGAUCUGCGAAGUCGCGGAGACGGUCGGCCUACGCGAGACGCAGGUCCGCCAACUGGUCAAAUACGGCGACAACUUCCUCCUCUCGCAGCGCACGACUCUCCCCCUCAUGCCACACAACGAGACCGUCCGUCGCCCCUCUCUCGCACCCACCGCCGCCCCCUCACACCGCGAAACCGACCCACGCUCCGUCCUCCGCCUCCUACGAAAAGCACGCGCCGUGAACGACUGGCACGCCGCACACCUCGUCUUCCUCACCGCAUCAGAGACGUCACUCGUCUCGGGCAGCGGGAGUUUCGCGCUUUAUUCGGACGAGGUACUGAGGUUGACGAUCAAGACGCUUUUGGCGGCUGAAGCGCGCGGGACGACCGAGGAGACGAUGCAGUCGAUCAAGUCGGCGCUGAUGCAGGUGGUCGAUCGAGCCGUCGCGCCUGUCUUGCGCGCUGAAGCAGACCGACGGGCACACGUCGCUUCCUCCUCUUCCACCACCACCGUCCUUCCACCCCCUCGAGCACGCACAUCCCUGAUCACCCAGCCUCAAACACUCGAUACCGUCCUCCGCGCGCUCCUCAAACUCGACCAAGUCGACGCCAUCGACGGGCUGAUGCGCGUCAUGCAUACGCAGGCGGAGUUGACGGGCUUGGAGAGGGUCGAGCCGGGUGAGGCGGUGGUGAGGAAGGUUGUUAGGUGGGCGGAGGAGAGGGAGGGGGUGGAGGAGGUUAGGGGACGGAAGGGGUGGGUUGGGGAGAGGGCGAGGGAGAGGGCAAGCAAGAGGGAGGAGAAGGUGGUUGUUGAGAAGCAAGAGGGAAAAGACGAGCAGUAG